GAGCCAUUGUCAGUCUAUAUCGACUUCACGGGCCAUGCCAGACCACAUUGGGCGCUGGAAAAACGGAGGCCACCUUUCCCCUGACGCUAACGGCGAUCUUAAAACCGACUACUCAAGAUGGCGAUUGCUAGAUGAUGAUGGCCGCCAAACAUGGCAUUACCUUGAAACUGAUGAGGAAAACCAUGAAUGGCCCCAAUCAAUUGCUGACAAGUAUUUUCUGGGGCUUCCUACGGGCCUUCCACAGCUGCCUAAAGCCAAGACUCCCAUGCAAUGUGCUGAGAAUGGCCUGGAAUUCUUCUCCAAGUUGCAGCUGCCUCCAGGCAACUGGGCAUGCGAGUAUGGGGGUCCAAUGUUUCUCCUUCCGGGGCUGAUCAUCACAUACUAUGUCACCAAUACACCCAUCCCGCCAGAGUAUGCGACUGAAAUUAUCAGGUAUCUCUUUGCCCGGCAACACCCGGAAGACGGUGGCUGGGGGCUGCACAUUGAGGCUCAUAGCUCGGUCUUCGGCACGAGCAUGAAUUAUGUCGUGCUGCGCCUUUUAGGCGUUGGCGAGGAUGAUCCUCGAAUGAUCAAGGCUCGAGGGCUGCUGCAUAGCUUUGGCGGUGCCGUCUAUGGACCUCACUGGUCUAAAUUCUGGCUCAGUAUACUUGGUGUCAUGGACUGGGAUUGUGUAAAUCCUGUCCCCCCUGAGCUCUGGUUUGUGACUGUCAAUAUUGCGGCUCUUGAUGUUAGGGCUAAUCUCAAUAGGCUACUUCCCGACUGGGUACCUUUCGCUCCCUGGCGCUGGUGGAUUCAUAUGCGCCAGGUGUUUUUGCCCAUGUCAUACCUAUGGUCUAAGAAGUUCACGUACCCGUUGACUCCUCUCACCAAGCAGUUAAGACAUGAACUGUACACGCAGCCCUACGACUCUAUUGACUUUGCCAGUCAUCGAAACUCGAUUCACAAAGCCGACAAUUACUACCCUAAGACGUGGCUCCUGAAUUCACUGAAUUCGCUACUUGUCAAUGUCUGGAACCCGUUCUUUCGAACAUCGGCCAUAGUCAAGCGUGCGGAAGAUUGGACGUGGGAGCUGAUACGUAUGGAAGACGAGAAUACCGACUAUGCCGGACUUGGGCCUGUAAACAACCCCAUGAACAUGAUUGCCUGCCUAGUCCAUGAUGGGCCGGACAGUUACUCAGUACGACGGCAUCGGGAACGCUUGCACGACUACAUGUGGAUGAAAGACGAAGGCAUGCUGAUGAAUGGAACCAACGGGGUCCAGGUUUGGGAUACAGCUUUUAUCACACAGGCUAUAGUUGUGGCCGGGUUUGCUGAUGAUCCAAAAUGGCGCCCAAUGCUUACCAAAGCCCUAGGGUUUCUAGAUGCACACCAGCUCCGAGAGAACGUUCCCAAUCAAGAAAAGUGCUACCGUCAACACCGAAAAGGAGCGUGGCCGUUCAGCAACAAGACUCAGGGCUACACAGUCAGUGACUGCACUGCGGAGGGUCUACGGUCAACGAUUCAGCUCCAGGAGAUGCAUAAUUUCCCAAAAAUGAUCUCGGAAGAACGCCUCAAGGACAGCGUGGAUUGCUUGUUGUUGAUGCAGAAUCCUUCAGGUGGCUUCACCGAGUAUGAAACUACCCGCGGCUCCCCAAAGAUCGAAUGGUUAAAUGCUGCGGAGGUUUUUGGCGGUAUCAUGAUUGGCUAUGACUACCCCGAAUGUACCACCGCAUCAGUUACCGCGCUCUCAUUAUUCAGCAAGUUCUACCCUAACUAUCGUGCCGAAGAGAUCAAAGCCGCAAAAGAUAAAGCUGUGAAGUAUAUCAAGCGAGUGCAGAGAGCAGAUGGAAGCUGGUACGGAUCUUGGGGUAUCUGCUUUACUUAUGCGGCCAUGUUCGCCCUCGAGAGUCUGGCAAGCAUUGGAGAGACUUACGAGACCAGCAAUUAUGCUCGCCGUGGCUGUGAGUUCCUGAUUUCAAAGCAAAAGGAGGAUGGAGGCUGGGGAGAGUCAUAUCUCAGCAGUGAGAAGCACGUCUACGUACAACACGAGAAGUCCCAAGUUUGCCAGACGGCUUGGGCGUGCCUCGCUCUGAUGGAGGCAGGUUACCCCCAUAAAGAGCCACUACAAAAGGCGAUGAAGCUCAUAAUGUCCCGACAACAACCAAACGGCGAGUGGUUACAAGAGGCCAUUGAGGGAGUGUUCAACCAGUCUUGCAUGAUUUCUUAUCCCAACUACAAGUUUUAUUGGCCCAUUCGUGCCCUUGGCUUGUACAGCAGGAAGUUCGGGAACGAGGAGCUGCAGUAAGUUUGCUCUGUUGCAUAUAAUAAUAAUGAUUGGGCAUUAGAGUCCAUAAUUGCACAAUUUGCGGAUUGAAUGUGUACAAUACGAUACGUUCACAUGUUUAUAAUAUAAUCAAUACAUAUCAUAAA